CGGCGGUGUCCGCGUGUGGGCGGGCCUCGUGCCGCCGGGACCAUGCACCGGAGACUGCCGGCAGGGCGGUACCUGCUUCUCGCUCGUCCCGCCGAUGGCGGCCUGCUGGAGGCCGCUCGGUGUAGCCGAGUCGAGCUCACAGCGUAAAGAACCUCGUUUCAUUAAGACAAAGGAACAAAUUUCAAGAAGUUUGAAUGUGGCCUUUUGCCGUGUCUUGUCAGUAGGGGCAUACCCUUGGAACCUCUCAAGUAGAAUUUAUGACUUGCUUCUGAGGUUGCGCUGCAGCUUAGGGAAAGAUUAGUGAUUCUACCCAGUGUUUUGGACAGCGUAUACUGAGCUGGCUGCCACCCUAUUAUGCUGAAAAUAAUUUCCUGGUGCUCAAGGUUCUCUAAUGGUCUUGUUUCACCAUGGCAAGCAAUAUGGAGGUGCUGGCUCAGCAGGUAGUGGAGACUCAGCAGGUGGCUGAGGUGCCGACUGUUCAGACUUCGCUACCUGAAUCUCCAGUGAUGACCAGCCCUUCCCAGCGUAUCCAGAUAAUUUCCACAGACUCUUCUGUAGCUUCACCACAACGCAUUCAGAUUGUGACAGAUCAGCAAACAGGACAGAAAAUUCAAAUAGUGACAGCAGUGGAUUCAGCUGUGUCUCCAAAGCAACAGUUCAUUUUAGCUAGUCCAGAUGGAAGUGGUGCAGGAAAGGUGAUCUUGGCAGCACCUGAGACAUCUAAUGCCAAGCAGCUUAUCUUUACCACCACAGACAACAUUGUGCCAGGCAGAAUUCAGAUAGUGACAGACUCUGCUUCAGUGGAACGUCUACUAGGAAAAACUGAUGUUCAGCGGCCCCAGGUAGUAGAAUAUUGUGUAGUCUGUGGUGAUAAAGCAUCAGGUCGUCACUAUGGUGCUGUCAGUUGUGAGGGAUGCAAAGGUUUCUUUAAAAGGAGUGUAAGGAAGAAUUUGACCUACAGUUGUCGUAGCAACCAGGACUGUAUCAUCAAUAAACACCAUCGGAAUCGAUGCCAGUUUUGUAGGCUUAAGAAAUGUCUAGAGAUGGGCAUGAAAAUGGAAUCGGUUCAAAGUGAAAGAAAGCCUUUUGAUGUGCAACGUGAAAAACCAACCAACUGUGCAGCUUCUACUGAAAAAAUCUAUAUAAGAAAAGAUCUUCGAAGCCCUCUAAUAGCAACUCCAACAUUUGUGGCAGAUAAAGAUGGGACACGGUCAGCCGGUCUUCUUGAUCCGGGAAUGCUUGUGAAUAUUCAGCAGCCUUUGAUCAGGGAUGAUGGUACAGUCCUCCUGGCUGCUGAUUCCAAGGCUGAAACAAGCCAGGGUGCCUUAGGAACACUAGCAAAUGUUGUAACAUCUCUUGCUAAUCUCAGUGAGUCACUAAAUAAUGGAGAUACUUCUGAAGUUCAACAAGAAGAGCAAUCUGCAAGUGAGAUUACCAGGGCAUUUGAUACUUUGGCUAAAGCACUUAAUACCACAGAUGGUACAACAGCCCAUAACUUGGCAGAUGGGAUGGAUCCUACAGGAGGAGGGAAUAUUCAUGUAAUCACUAGAGAUCAAUCAACACCAAUUAUUGAAGUGGAAGGUCCCCUACUUACAGAUACACAUGUCACAUUUAAGCUGACAAUGCCCAGUCCGAUGCCAGAGUACCUUAAUGUACACUACAUCUGUGAGUCAGCAUCACGACUCCUUUUCCUCUCUAUGCACUGGGCUAGGUCCAUACCUGCGUUUCAAGCUCUCGGGCAGGACUGUAAUACGAGCCUUGUGCGUGCCUGCUGGAAUGAACUGUUUACCUUAGGCCUGGCACAGUGUGCACAAGUGAUGAGUCUGUCGACUAUCCUGGGAGCGAUUGUCAACCACCUCCAGAACAGCAUACAAGAAGAUAAACUUUCUGGAGACAGAAUAAAGCAAGUCAUGGAACACAUCUGGAAACUUCAGGAGUUCUGUAACAGCAUGGCCAAGCUUGAUAUUGAUGGAUAUGAAUAUGCAUACCUUAAAGCUAUAGUCCUUUUUAGCCCUGAUCACCCUGGUCUGACCAGUUCAACUCAAAUAGAAAAAUUCCAGGAGAAGGCACAGAUGGAAUUGCAGGACUAUGUACAAAAAACCUAUCCAGAAGAUACUUAUAGGCUAGCCCGGAUCCUAGUUCGUCUGCCAGCACUUAGGCUGAUGAGCUCUAGCAUCACCGAGGAACUGUUUUUCACAGGUCUCAUUGGAAAUGUUCCCAUUGACAGCAUAAUCCCCUACAUUCUCAAAAUGGAAACAGCAGAAUAUAAUGGUCAAAUAACUGGCACGUCUGCAUAGAGGGAACAACGUAAUUUGAGGGAUUGAAGUACUUUUCACAAAAACCAUAUAAUUAUGAAAUUAAAAGAGUAGUGUUUUAGUAUGUGCAGAUAACUCCAACUUGUUAUCAGUUUCCUGACAGAUUUCUCCUUGUCUUUUUCUGAUGCUGACAAAAUUUAAAGCAGCUAUUAAAAGACCUGCUAUAGGACCUUUCCUGCCACAAGGAAUAUUUUUGAUGCCUUUCAUUUCAAAGGCCAUAGAUUACUGAACAUACUUUUCACAUGCUUUGUAUUUAGAAACUAUCAGUGGUUAAAAAGAGUUUUAUAAUAUCAGAGUAGUAAUUAAAUUACUUUAAAAGUAAAAAGAACAGUAUGUAUAUAUUUAAAAAUAUCCUUGGAAUGAAUGUCUAGUAAAUGCCAGGGUAUAAUACUAGCACUUUGUAAUCACUUCUCAGAGCAACAGCAUCAUCAACAUCCUGCUUAUGAGUAUGGAAAAUUUAAAAAAAGCAUAUGUCCUUAGUCAAAAUGCUAGUGAUUUUUGUAAAAAUGUAGAAUGCUAAAGGAGACAAUCAUUUAAUCUACAAAAAGUCACUUGCUGUUAUGUUAUGCAUGAAAUAUUAAUGUGGAUUCUUAAAUCAGAUAUCCACAUUAUAUGAAACUAUAUCUGUUAAAUUAGUGCAGUUGUAAUACACGGUACAGUGCAGUCCUGGUGACUAUUAUGUGUACAGGAAUUCCCCACACUAAAGAAAAAAAGUGUUUGUCACAAUAAUGAUUAAAUAUGCAGGUUCCUUAAAGUGUUUAUUCAGACAAACACAAUCAUGACAAAUGUUAUUCUAAGCAGCAGCCUUUUGACUUUGGGGGAAAUCAGUCAUUAACUGGAUGAGCAGUAAUUUUCAAAUAGAGCUGUGUGAUGCUCUUUGAGUAUGCUCUUUGUAUGGUCCAAAUUUACUCCUCCUCUCUGUACUUUGAACACCCUCAUAAUGUAGCCAUAGGGUGCAAUUUAAGAUCUGAAGUGUGUAGAAUCUCUGGUAGUCAGCAAGAGUUUAUUACGAAGCUCUCUCAUUUUAUUUCUCCCUCCCUCGCUCAUGGAACACUCCCAGUUUUGCAGAGUUCUCAACUUUCCUGUCACUCAGUUUGAAACCAAAAUAUAGUUAGGAUUUACUCUCACUCAUGUACAAUUGCAGUUGAUGACUGAGGCACCAUGGAGGUAUAAAAUGAACUACUUUUAAUUAUCUCGAGUGAUGAGCCAUCAACAUGUUUGCUAGUAGUACUGGCCAUUAGCUGCUAGCAUAGGUUUCAUUUUAGUAUAACUUAUUAUUAUGGCUGUAUUUUAAAAUCAAUGAUUUUUUUUAAAGUCAUAGCAAUUAAUACCUGCAUCUGAUCCUGGCAUUUUAGAUGCAUGAAUUAUUUUAAUUAUUUGUGUGUUAGAAGCAUUCUUACUUUAGUAGAUUUAUGUGACAAAACUUUUCUAAUGCUAAGUUCAGCACUUUGGUUUUUCUUCUGUUAUUGAUAUUUAUUUAGAAACAUCAACCAGGUUGGUGUUUGUGACUUUUCAGAGUCUGAAUUGUGGCCAAAAGACCUUAAGCAGCUUUAGAUGAGACUUCUAAAGUAACAAAAAGAACUUGUAUCCUUCAUGCUUGUUAGGAGGCUGACAUUUGUAGCACUUAUUGUGACACAAAAUACUAUUUCAUUUUAGGUUCGGGAUGCAUUCAAGUCUUCUACAGUUACUAUUUUUAGCACAUUCAGAAUCUCCUUUUCUCAGAAAGGUAUUACAGAGUCCAGUGUCCAUGCAGAGAUUUGUCAUACUGCAGUUGUAUCUCUCUCAGCUUUUGCUAUAGCAAAUGAAAUUGUCAUAUUGUUCAUGUGAUGGAAAGUCUGCUCUCUACAUGUGAAGUCAGCUGGACUUCAGCUUUUAGUACCAACCAUUUGAUUGUAGUGUAACUGCUGUGGGAUUGUGUCAGCACUUCUGCUGCGCAGUCCUUAUGUUAAGGGUAUACAACUUAAAAAUUAAUGGUGAUUAAUCAGAAACAGUAGCUACCUUGGAAAGAGUAGUGGCUGCUUUUGUUAAAAUUUAAAAUUUUACUGGGUUAUGUCAUUUUUCUACAAGAAUAAUUAAUUGAACUAUUUUGAUUUAUUUUAAUUGCCAAAAGGAUUACAGAACUUAAUUUGCUUUCAGAAUUUAAUAAAUAUCAUUUAGGCAGAUAAGAAAGCAUUUUAGUAGUAAAUGAAAUAGUCCUUAGCACAAAAACUAGCCAUUGGAAUAUUUGGUUUUAAAUCCCAAUACACACCAGGUAGCUUUUUCUUGACUUUUCUUUUUCAUUUCAACUUCCAAUUUUUCAAGUAAAAGUGCCCCAUUUUCUGUGUGAAAAUUUGUUUGUAAUUUUUAUUACUUGUGAUCAUAACAAUUCAGGAAAGAAAGACAUUAUAGUUUUUUGGGAACAAAGCAAUCACAUGAAGUAAAAUGUCAAAUGUGUGCCUUGCAUUACAUAUGUAAAUCAAAAACAAAAAAUAUCAUGCAGCUCUGUUUACAAAUAAACUACACUCCCCACAAAUGCAAGGCCACAUAAUGAGAUCCUUGCUCAAACCCUGGUAGUUACUUACUCUGCAAAUAGUUAUUAAUUAGCUUAUUAGUAAUAAAAUAUUAAUUUUUGUAAACUGAGUAAUAGCCAUGCAAUCCAUAGUUGUGCAUGCGUUUAAUAGAUGAAAUGAAGCAGUUCCAUCGUUAAGAUCUGGAUACUACACCUAAAAGCUAUAAAGUCCCUCUCUGUGUAGCAUCAUUAGCAUGAUUUGCUCGCUUGCAGAGGUGAGAACCAAGCUACUUAGUUCUGAUGCCAUUAACAAAGAGUACUCUUUCUAACUAUACACUGUUUUGAUUCCAAGACUAACAUUUUGAAUUGUAGAAAUUUGAACAUAUGUGCAUGCCUGGGCUGUUUCCUCCCCAGGAAAAGGACUUUGUGCUUCCCCUCUCUGAACUUCACAUGGUUCCUGUUGGCCCAUUUCUCCCCUGUAACAAUCCCUCUCAGUGGCAGUAGGACCCUGUGAUGCACACAGUACAACUGCACAAUCAGGCAAGCUUUGAACCAUCUCUGCAGAAAAUAGUGCAACACUGACAUAGUUCUUGGAAUUUCUGAGGUUUGUUCCAUCCCUCCUGCAGUGACUGGAAGAUGGUAACAGGCUAAUCUUAGUAGCUUUACUGGUAAAUCAGUUUUGGGUUUUUUUCUCCUUUGAAAGUGCAAACUUUUCCUUAUGAAUAUGGGACAGGAGAGUUUUUUUAUAUUGUAACAAUUAUUGAAGAAUUAUUUCUUGAGUAUUAAAUAUAGAAAUAGCUUGUUUUCAUAAAGGUGAAAUUUAAAUGCCAAACUUGUUUUCACAAGAACUUGGAGUCAAACUAUCACAGUCACAAAGUGAUUCUAGGAGAAGUUCAUCUCACUGAAGUUCUACUUAGUGCCAAAAUUUAUUCUCUUCAGAACUUUUGAAGUUCUAUUUCUGCUGCUCUUGAAAUGAAAAUAUUUUAACUUGGCAGAAAUACAGUAAUAAAUUAUCUGAUUAGAUUUAUCUGAACCUGAGCAAAUGUGUAUACUAGUCACAAUUCAUUCAGACAAAUGUUAGAAUUCUGUGCUGACUGAGACUGGGGCAUGAUAAUGAGGCAAUGUAGGGAAUGAUAAUGAGGCAGUAAUGUCCACUGUGCUUCAUUUGUUUUCCAACUCUUGCGCAAAGGAACUGGAUUUGAAUCUUGUAGCUAAAAAGCAGUUGGGACUAGCUUUGUCAUAAUGAUUUUAAUUGCAUUUGUGACAAAUGUAGGAAGGUAUACUCUUUUCUCCCUUCUAUUUACUUACCUUGGACUGUAGAGUCAGAACUAAUACCAUAUGCAAAAGUAAUCUUUCUCUGCCUAUUUACAUUGCUUAUAAAUUGGCUGCAAUGCUUUUGGUGUCUGUGGAGUUACUCUGGCAUGAAACUGGUAGAAGAGGAAAAAAUUAUUUUCAAGGAGAGAUCCUUCUAAGAAGUCAUACAAGGCUUUCUUUUAGCUGCCUUACAAUGUUAGAUCAUUAAGAAGGCUUAGUUUUCAGAGCACACUGCAGCAAGAAACUAUUGUUGCUCUCCACUGAUUAGUUGGCGUCAUUUGCCAAGUCUCCUUUCACUAUCUUCUGAAGUCCAUGGCCCCCCAGACAGCCACAAUGCCUCUGGUGAGGAGCUCUGGUUCCGGGUCUGUGUGCAGAAUCCAGCAGCUCUGUAUCACCAUUACAGUUCCUUUUGGCAAAGGGCACAUUCUGAGGCUGCCAUAGAGAAACCAAGUCGGGGCUGAAGCUCCCAGGUGAAAUCAGUUUCCUGACUUUUGUUUCUCCUUUGGCAGAGACUGUAAAACACUUGUGUGGUUUUUUUUAUUGUUCUACAUUGUACACAGGACUCACAAAUUCCUGAAUUAUUUAGUUCAGGAUACUGCAGGUGUCAGUAGAUUUUCCUGCCCAUUAAAGUUCAGACAGUAGUUAGGAUUCUUUCCUGAUUACCUGCUGUUUAAUUAGUAAAGGACAAUUUAAAAAAAUUGCACCAAAUGGCAUGACUAGCAAAGGUUUUCAGGAAUACAGUUUAACCAGGAAGACAGAACUGGAAAUGAAUGGGCUGAGGGUACUGCUCAAGCAGUGACAAAGCAGCUUCCUGCACUAACAGCACCAGUCAGAGCCCUGUUUGAAUCAGGAGAAUUGAGCAGUAGAACUGGCAGGUCAGUCAGAUACACAGGUGUACCAGCACAUAUCUACUGGAUGAUACCAUCCUGGAAGGAACAAAAAUGUUGAUUUUCUAUUUGAGAUACCUCUGUUCCUCCCCAGUUACUCUUAAUAGUGCAAAACCAGGGGAUGUUGGGGUUUUUUUUUCACCUACUCUUGUCCGUAAGAGCAAAAGCAUAAAUGCCAGAAAACACAGGCAGAUUCCCACCUGUUCCCAGGGUUUGCCACACUAGCCAUACAGCAACAGAAGAGCUUUUGCAGUAGUUGGCUUUGGUGAUAAGCAUGGGCCAGCUGACAACAGCACACAACAGUGUGCAGUCUUAACACCUCCAAACAUCCAGGAGGGAUCAGCCAAAUGAGGGCAUGGUCACCCUAGACAGGAAAGUGAGGGGCAGAGGAAGGACAAAUUGCCAGCAUCUACUGGAUCUUGAAUUACAGAAAAUUAGAAACAGCUUUAUAUGAAAAAUUACUAAGAGGGGAUGGCAGAGGAAUGAAAGCAUUUACUUUUUGCACCUUUUAAUUCUAAAGUUGCUGAGUCAUUUUAACAGUAAAUAGUCCUGAAUUAAGUUCAGACUUAUUGUUUGAUGCCAUUAGCCCUUCUUGUUAGAUAAUGCUGCAACCCUACUUCAGUUGCAAUCAGUGUUAUCAACAUAUGAGAAAUUAUUUGUGAAAAAAAAAUUUAGAACAUUAUUUAUACUGGGGUUACAAGUUAAAAGUAAAAUUCUUUGUAAAGUUUAGAUGCUCUAAGUUUAAGCAUCUAAAGUUUAGAUGUUUUUUAUUGUGAAGUCAUGCUACGUUCAUCACAGGUAAUACUGUUGUGAUGUUCCAUUAAUGCCCACAAUCUGUUCAAUCCUCUGAGUUACACUAAUGCUUUGAAAAUGCAUUUAUUAUUGUUAAAUUCCUGCCUUUCUUUUAAGGAGUUUGAUAGAGUUGUACCUGUCUAUUUUGUGCCUCCCACCAUUGUGCAUUUCUGCAUGUUCAGUUCUAGAACUCAUUUGAGCAGCUAAUGCAUAUGUACAUAGCUGUAUGUAUGUGUGUAUGAAUGUAUAUGUUUAUAUCUCUCUGUCUAAAUAUAUUCUGUACAGUGUAUAGGAAAUGUGUAGUGUAUGUAUAUAUGUACAGAUAUGGAGCCAUUAUUCAUCAAUUCUAUGUGCUAAAGUUUUUUAUUCAUUUGCUAAUCCAGAGCUUCCUAAUUUGUUGAAUCCUCACAAAUUUCAGAGCUUUGCACCUUUCUUCUAAACCAGUCUGAAUUCACUAUUUGCUGUUCAGAACUGACAAAUAUAUUCCAUGAAUUUUCUGGCUUUUACAUUAUUCUCUUUACCUUUUCUUAUUUCACCUAUAGAGGUCUGUCAGUCAAUAGUUAAUUGAGCAUAUAAUGCCUUUUAAAAAUAAUGAAUAAAUAACUCUAGUCAUAGAAAAUGCUUCCCUGCUCAUUAUGCUCAUUAUACUCAUUCUCUUACAGCCUCCUGAGAUACUUUUGUAAAGUUGUUUUUUUUGUGAAGCUUGGGAAGAGACUGAUUUUUUGGCUUUAAGUCUUCAUCUGUGGCUAACUGAAAGUAAACCAAGUUGCCAUUUAUCACUGAACUGCAGCACACAGAACAGGAGGUAACGGAUGCUGUUUAAUAAAUCAAUAGUCAUAUUGUCAUAGCGAUCUCAUGAAACCAACCUGUGAGUUAGAGACUGUGUGCUCUGGUCAGUGAAACAGCAGCGCUGGUACAAUGGUAAUUCAAUAGCAGGGACAUUGCAGGUAGUUUAUUUCUUAGCAAGCAUCAAGACAUCCUCAGGUUUUUCACAAUGCAUUUCAAUUGUAUAUACACUUCCCAAAGUUUUUAUUUUUAUUUUCCAGCCUAAACUGAACACAGCUAGUUUCUUAAUUUAUUUGUCAGACUAAUGUCCCUUUCCACAUUCUGUCCUCUCCUGGGUCUGCAAUCUGUGGAGCUCUUGCACUGCCUGUGACAGUCCCACUGUCCAUGUGGGACCUGGGCACACAGCUGGGAAAUGAAAUGUGGAGUAAGACAAUUUCUUAUUCAUAAUGAAGACAAACAUUUACAUUAUCAAAGCAUAAACAGGUCUUAUUCUUCUUCCCUUUUGAUGAAGUUAAAAACAAAGCCUUCCGUAAAGUAAAUCUGUUAAUUGUGGGUUUUUAAAAAAGCAUUUCACAGGGCAGUAGUUCAGCAAGUCUUGUUUCUGUCAUUAAAAAGGUGAAAUAGAAUUUUCUGGGCAUUUAUUUCCACCUUUUGUGCUCACUGUGGCAAAGACUUGUGUAUGUUUAGCCAGAUAAUAAGACAUUAAUCAAAAUAACAUUAACUUUAUGCAUGCUUAAAGUGAACCACAAGUCUGAGGAAAGUUUGGAAAGUUUGCUAUGGAAAAUGCUGAGAAUGUUCUCUUUCUUGGUGUAUUGGUUAGUGAGCAUUUGUAAGCUUUUAUUUCAAAUAUAGGAAUAAACCUGUAGCAUUUCAAAACCUUAUUUCUGCGAUUUUCAGCAGGAAAAAUAUGUAAAUUAACAUCAGGAACCUCUGUGACAGAUGUUCCUUCAUUGGUGUCUGGACAAUUGGUGGUGUUUGAAUGCUUGCUUUCCUCUUUAAAGGUGAAUAGAAACCUGAAAGUCUGUUAAAGUCACUGUACUGCAGGAACAGUUUUAAAGUUUAGGAAGCCAGUUGGGGCAUUAAUUCAAGAUUGAAUCUGUUAAAAAACUCAACUGUGAAUUCAGGGGGAAAAAAAAAGCAAAAUUCAGUGAAACCAAAUGUGUUAUAUCCACAUUUGAAUUGUUUGUAUUCUGAAGGACAAAAUGUGCUCAAAUUAAAUGGCAAUAAAGGCUCUGCAGGUCCGUUUUAUGGUAUUUUCAUGAUUGUGGGUUAAAGUAGGACUGAAUAAAUUUAAAACAAAAAGCACAGUCUUUAAGAAGAAAACAUUUUACUUACAGUCUGUAUAUGUUAAAUUUUCCAUGUAUGGAAUCAAGAUCAAAUGUUGGAAUAUUUUUAAUAAUUAAUCUGUAAUCUGAAAUACACUGGAAGCCAGUGUUCAUAGUUUCCUAACUGAAAACUGCACACUGUUGUAUCUGUAUUGGCAUACUAGGAAGUGCUGAGCGCCUAAAAAACAGCAAAUUUUUAUAAAAGGAAACAUCUGCUUUCAGUUCCUUGGGAUAUUUUCUGGAAGUCUCUAUUCCUUAUAAUUUAGAAAACUAUUGUUUAUUUUUAAAACUGCAAAAGUUUUUAAUUUCUCACAGCUUCUUUUGUGAAAUCAAUAUUGUGUGUAAUAGCAUUUAAAAAUAAUAGCAUGUUCUUUUUUUAAACUAAAUUUUAUAUCCAAACAACGUCUUCAGUCACAAAGAGGAAUUUGCAUUGUUGUGUUUGUAUAUAGAGUAUUGCAGUGCAUGAUUUAGCUUAUGCAUUUUAUUAAAUGCUGUUGUGACAUUAUAUUGUUGCGGUUAAUACUAGUAGCUAAAUGAAGUUUCUACCAUUAAAGUGAAUUACAAAUAUAA